AUGCUGGGAGCCGCAGCCUCCAACGAGCGCUCCCCUCGCGAGCUUGCGCACUCCGUCAGAGCACGUCGACGCCAGGCGGGAUCGAGCGUGACAGACGCUGACGUCGGCGACGCCGGGGAGCGCGGGGACGUGGGCUUUGGAGAGUGCGCAGUGGGCGCGGCGGCGGCGACCCCUCGGCCUCUCUCGGGAGGGGGCGACGCCGCGAUGGGGGCGGCGGCGGCGGAAGCCGAUCGGACUCUCUUUGUGGGCAACCUGGAAACUAAAGUGACCGAGGAGCUCCUUUUCGAGCUUUUCCACCAGGCUGGGCCAGUAAUAAAAGUGAAAAUUCCAAAAGACAAGGAUGGUAAACCAAAGCAGUUUGCAUUUGUGAAUUUCAAACAUGAAGUAUCUGUUCCUUAUGCAAUGAAUCUACUUAAUGGAAUAAAACUUUUUGGAAGGCCCAUCAAAAUUCAGUUUAGAUCAGGAAGUAGCCAUGCCUCACAGGAUGUUAGUUUGUCAUAUUCCCAGCAUCAUGUUGGAAACUCAAGCCCUACCUCCACAUCUCCUAACAGACAUGAAAGGACUAUGGAUAACAUGACUCCAUCACAACAGAUAAUUCAGAGAUCUUUCUCUUCACCAGAAAAUUUUCAGAAACAAGCAGUGAUGAACAACGUUUUGAGACAGAUGCCAUAUGGCGGGAAAUUUGGUUCUCCGCAUUUUGAUCAGUCAGGAUUUUCCCCAUCAGUUCAGUCACAUAAUCAUAGUUAUAACCAGUCUUCAAGCUCCCAGUGGCGUCAAGAUACACCAGCAUCACUGCGUAAAACCAGGCAGAGUUCUCAUCCCUACAUAGUAGACAGACACUAUAGUCGUGAACAGCAUUACAGAGGACACAGAGAUGAUUACUUCUAUGAAGACAGGAAUCGCGAUGGCUGGAGCCAUGACCACGAUAACAGAAGAGACAGCAGUAGAGCUGGAAAGUGGCAUUAAUCUCAAAACUAACAAGUGUCCAAAGGAUCAUCCUAGGCCCUUUGGACUAAGUUGGUCUGGAAUGUUUUGUUAAAACUGGACAAAGCAGUUUUAUAAGUUGCCACGUUUCUUGAUAAAUUUUUUAAAACAUUGCUAUAGUCUGAUACAGAAAUGAGAAGACUUAUGAUUACAGUUUUUAUUGAUAACCUUUCACCUCAGGGCUUCAUGAAGAGGAAAGGGUUUUAUGCAAAAGAAAGUUCCACAAUUCCUAAUUGUUUUAGAAAUUGAGGAAAGCACAUGUUGUAUGUAUUGGUUGUAUCAUAAAGCAAAUAUUUUAAUGAUCUAUUACCUAUUGUAUUGCAAGAACCUGCUUAUUAGUGAAUCACAUUUAGUGUAUAUGAUAGAAAACAUUCAAGUUGGUAGUCUAAAAUACGGUAGUAUUUUGUUAACAAAUGAGAAAAUGUAAUUUCAGUGAUUUGUUUUUCUAACAUUUGAGAAAGAUUAUUGGUAAAGUUUGUGAAUAAUCAUAUUGUUUAACUUCAUGGAGAAUGUAAAUGUAAGUUCUGUGACAUGCUCUUUGAGUUUUCCCUAAUUGGAUAUCAAGUGUAAAUCUACACUUCCUAUUUCAUUCUAAAAUAUUAGAAUUUUCUCAUUAAAUCAUGUUUGACUAAAUAACUGAAGUCACUCAGGAAGUUAAAUAUCUCUAAAUGUAUUUUUUUAAAUUAAAAAUUCAGUAUUAGUAUAAAUUCUCCUUUUUAGGAAGAACAAAAAUGCACAUGCAGAGUCAGAUAAAAGGAUUUACUGAAAGUAUGCUUGUUUGGGAAAAGGUUCAUAAAGCCUUUAAGUGCUGCCUCUAUUACUCAAACUUUAAAAAUUUACAACUUUUUAAAGUGCCCAGGGUAUGUGUGCAAGGACACAUAUUAUUAUAUGGAUUGUACAUGUUGUCUUUUAUGUUUGAACAUUUGAAAGAGUUAAGUCUUAACACAUUCUGAUUUUUAAAAUUUUAAAUCCUGUUAAAACUUUUAUGUAUCAAGAUGUUUCCCUUUAAUUGUAGAACUUGUUUAUACAAAUUCACUCCUUGCUAUAUUUGGAUCCUUUUUAAUAACUAGCAUUUUUGUACUGCUACUUUUUAAUAUAUUGAAAACGUAAAAAGGGGUAUGUGUCUUCUUUUAAAAAAUAUUUUUAUUGAUUUUUAGAGGAAGGGAGAGAGAGGAACAUUGAUGAGAGCAGAACACGGAUUGGUGGCCUCCUGCAUGCUUCCUGACUGGGGCUUGGACCCUAAACACAGUCAUGUCCUGACCUGGAAUCAAAUUAGCAACCGUUCCACGGACAGGACAACACCUAACUGAGCCACGCCUGCCAGGACUCUUCUCUCUCUCUCUCUCUCUUUUUUUUUUUAAUGUCACUAUAGAGACAUUGUACA